CUGAAUAAGAUUUCCCUGUAACAAAUUAUGGAGAGCUUACAAAAAGAAAAACAGAUUAUGGUGGAUGAAUCCUUUAUGAAUCAUGGAUUUUAUAACACUUCUAAUACAACUAUUGCAUCCACUCCAUCAUUAUUACCACUUUCAAUGCCAAAAUUCAUGAGCCUUAGUCUUCCAAAUUCAGCCAACUCAUCACCUUUGUUAACUUCAAAGAGAAAAUCAAAAGGUGUGGUUGUAGAAUCACAAUCACUAAAUCAAGCUAGUAACAUGACACUCAAUAAUCAGUUUCUUCUACUACAAGAAAUCCAAUUAAGAAAAAGCAAGUCAUGUGGAGAAGGAAGAGCAAGUACAUCCCCCUUUGAUGAAUUUGAUAUCUUUUUGGCCAAACCAAGUUUUAUGGAACAUGAUUAUAGUACUAAUAGGAAACGUGAAAGCUUCUCCAAAACCGAGGUAAUCGAAGAAUGCAAUGUGAGUGACAAAGAGAUGGAAACAAAUGCAGAUGAAGAAGGGUUCAAAUGCAGUGCUCUUUGCAUGUAUCUACCAGGCUUUGGAAAAGCAAAGUCAGUUAAAACUAAAAAAGAAGGAAUAGAAAUUGAAAGUACAACAAUAUCUAGGAGAGUUUCAUUGGAAAAAUUUGAGUGUGGUUCUUGGUCUUCUUCAAAACUAUUCAAUGAUAUUGAAAGAGACACAACAAGUUCAUACUUUGAUCUACCAAUGGAAUUGAUCAAAGAAAGUAGUGGUAUUAGUGAUGUGCAUGCACCUAUAACAUCAGCUUUUGUCUUUGAGAAAGAUAUUAAAGGGGUUCUUAAGAAUGGUUCUUCAAGAACAAAUGCUAGAAAAUCAGAUACAUCAUCACCAAACCAUGUUAGGUUUUCUAUAUCUUCUUCUACUUUUCAUCACCCUCCAUCUCCAGCUUCAUGCAAUACUCCUUGUUUAAAAGAGGAUUUUAAUGCCUUCUUAGAAGCACAAAGUACUUAAAUUUGAGCAUAUGAUUGAAUCACUUCAAUGGAAAGUGGAGUUAGAAAAAAAAUUAUGUUCACAUCAUAAUUUGUAUGUUGUUCUGCUACUUUUUAACAUGAUUGUUUGGCAAGAGGUACAUGUUUACUAAUUAAUUUGCAAGGGAAAAGUAAAGGUUG